AUGUUUCUAAUUUUUCUUUUUACGUUUUCUUUUAUUCGUCUCUUUGUCUUUGUGAAAUUUCAUUCUUUUUUUCAUUGCCUCUUCCAUACUUGUCAUUUUUCUUCAUUUUUUGUUUUAUUUCAGCGUUCAUUACAUUAUUUCUUUAUCUCUGUCUUUCUGUCUUUCUUUCUUUUCCGUUCUUUUUCAUUCACUGAUCACAUAUCUUCAUUAACAUUUACUUUGCUUUUCCUUCGUUCAUCAUCUUUUCUCCUUCUUUUUCCAUUAAUUUCUUUUUUCCAUCUUAUAUUUUUUUAUACAUUCAUAUUUUUUUCUUUCCUCCGUAACAAAUUGACUUUAGAAACGCCAAGACGACCCAGGCGUGGCUGCUCAACAACGUUCCUCACCACUGGUCGCCGGACUUGUGGCCGCCUUCCUCACUUGACUGCAACCCCAUUCACUAUUUCUUCUGGGGUUGUGAUCGUGGCCAACAACCGAUGUGAGAUGUCAGAAUCGAGUAGAAGUUUAUUUUCUUUUAGUCUUGGGAGGAUUCCAUUAACCAAAUCCUCUAUCCUUUACCGUUUUUGUUUGCCCUUUUUCUUUAUUGACACCAUUUCGUCUUUCUUAUUCUGCGACUUCAUUUAUUUAUGGCAUCCUUUCAUCGUCUCUUUACUCUUUUUUUUAAAAAUAUUUUUCUUUUCUCUCAUUUUCUUAUUGUUUCUCCAUUGUUCAGUAUUUUUAGCUUUUCUGUUCCGCUUUACGGUUUUCAUUAAUUAUAUCUGCCUAUCAGUUUCCUGUCAGUGUAUUCACCCGAAUAAUCACCCGAAUAUUCACUCGAAUAUUUACCUGUAUAUUCACCUCUAUACUCACCCGAAUAAUCACCCAUAUAUUCACCCGAAUAUUCACCUCUAUAUUUACCCCUAUACCACUCGUAUACCAUCCUCACUCGUAUACCAGCCGUAUAUUUACCCGUAUAUUCACCCGUAUAUCACCCGAAUAUUCACCUGUAUACCACCUGUGUAUUUACCUGUAUAUCACCCGUAUAUUUACCCGUAUAUUCACUUGUAUCUUCAAAUGCACAUAUUUAUCUGUCUUCUAUUUUCAUUUCUUUUUGACUUUUACGCGUUUUGCUUUCUUGCCAUUUUAUUACAUUUUAAUGUCCUUGUUUUUUUUGUUUUUUUUAUUUUCCUUCUUUUUAGCUUGCUUUUCGUUCUUUUUCUUUCUCGCUCAUUCGGUCAUUUUUCUGCUUCUUCGUUUUUCUUUUCACGCAGAAAUAUCUCUAUACUUGGCAAAUGUGUUUAA